ACACGAAGACGACAUCGCAUCCACUUGAUGAAAUUGGGAUAGACAAGGCUGACGAAGGUAUCAAACAGAUCGCAAGCGCGUGGAGCCCAUCGCUAAUCGUCAAGUUUGGAUGUUGACUAAACAGCAUCCCUUGGACUUGUGACUUCUAAUCUUUACACUUCGAUUAUUUGUGAUCAGGAAACUCGACCGCCCUCGGCUGUCAAAAAUUGAUGGGAUGAGGUGGGUUUCAGUCUGUCACAGCUGACAUGUUGCUGCUGCUGUCGGUGAUGGGUGACUGAGCUGUCAGCUGCUGUGAGGCAUCCUGUGGCCCAUCAUGGCUUCCCUCCUCUCCUCCUCACGCCUGAUGUCACUUCAGCCACAAAAACGGAAGAAUAUUUACUGUAAAACAAAAUAUUUCACAAUUUAUUCCUUUAGACGACACCGAGUCCAUAGUAGGUAGAAAUAUUUUCUCAGACCGCCAUCACUGGUUAGUGUCAUCAAGGACACUUUAGGAGAAACUGUUGCUGGUUGUUAGAGGUUACAUACCUUGUAGUCACUUCACCCCCCGAGAUGAGAUUACAACUAUCCACACAAUUCUCACCUGCACUGGAGUCAAGACUCGUGUACUGUCAGUGCGUGAGCCUGCAAUGACCUUUGACUCCACGUCUCCGCCCUCGACACGUGGAGGCUGGAUGUAAGUGUGAAGGAGGUUGACGACAAGAUGAUGUUUCUACACUGACGACGCUGGCUGAUACACGCAACUAAUUACCAUCACACGGGGCCGUGGACACAAAACUUAGUGUAAAGAAAGUUGUAUUCAAAAUAAUAGUUGCAGCACUGCUGGAGAUACAGUAAUGAUGUUAAUCUGACAACGAAAGUAAUUCUUGUUUGUGUGCGUGCACGACACUUGGGGAGACAAGUUCAAAAGAGUACAUUCCUUGAUACCAGUUCCUACAGUUGAAGAACUUUAGUCCAGCCUCAGUCUCACAAGACCGGGUGGAGGGUGGUGUCAGUAUUGACUUGGACAUGAGAUGGACCUCAGGGUGCGAGGGUGGCAUUGACUGGACUUCAUGCGACUACACAAGUCGGAGGACACUAACGGCUCCAACAGGUCUGACCCCGCCUCCAGUCCGCCGGUCACUUCUGUGAUGAAUGCUCUUUCACGGUAAUUACCAGGGUCCUGGCCAUUUCCACCUUCGACUGUUUCUCUGGCCUCGCAUGCUAUUGAAGUACUGGUCACAGAACAACAGACAGAGACCAUUGUGAUGCUUUGAUACCUCCGACAUUUCCUCGCCAGACAAGUGUCUUCCACCUUCAGGUCACAAAGCAAGUGGUAAAAGAAUACGCCUACCUGAUAACUAGCUGGCUGGCUGUCUGGACGGCUGCUUGACGUUAGUCUUCAAGACAAAGACUCUGUACAAGAUGGAUCUUAUGGACUUUCGCCGCAUCAACGGCACAUCCGGGGAUCUGACGUCACAGCCCAUGCACAUGCUGAUGCCAGGCGGACAGGGCGACAACGACACUGCGGAAAUGACGUACUUCGAUCCCGACAGAAGCUCCGCCUACGUCUUCUCGCGCCGCGUGCAGACGGUGGUCAUCCCCUUCAUCUGCGUGCUGGGCGUGGUGGGCAACGUGCUGGCCAUCGGCACCUUCCUCAGCACCAGCCUGCGCACCACCUCCUGCUGCUUGUACCUGGCCGCCAAGUCCUUCUUCGACAUCGGCUUCCUGCUGUCGCUGUCCGUAAUGUGGCUGUACCAGCUGAGGGUGCCGCUGCUAACAACGACCGGCGUGUGUCAGGUCACCGUGUACCUGACCUACGUGUGCGGGUGCUUGUCGGUGUGGUUCGUGGUGCUCAUCACCUUGGAGAACUUUGUCCGCUUCACCCGACCCCGGAUGGUUCCCAGGCACUGCACGGUGUUCCGCGCUCGGCGCCUGAUACCCGCAAUGACCAUCUUCGCGGCCGUACUGUACAACUUUUCCCUGUGGACCACGGGGGUAGUUGUCGCUCCUGACGGCACUCUCCACUGCACCAGCCUCCUGGAGUUCGAGAACAUCGUCACCGUCUUGACCUUGAUCGACACGGCCUUGACCCUGGUCUUGCCGUCCUUGAUCAUGAUCUUUCUCAUCUUGGCUAUCGUGGUCAAGGUGGUGGAAUCGUUCAAGCGCAAGAAGCGCCUGAGGUCCGUCGUGCAGCGGGCCCACACCCGCAGGAGGCUGACCCCGGAGGGCAAGAUGACGACCUUCCUGUUCGCCAUCUCGGUGAUUUUCCUCCUGCUGAACACACCCACGCACGCCAUCCGCCUCAAAAUGAUGAUUGAGCUGUACCUGCAGGGCACCGCCCCCUCCUACAAUGACUGGAUUCUCCAAAGGUUCUUUGAGGUGCUUUUCUACCUGAACUUCUCCACCAACUGCCUGGUGUACAUGGUCUUCGGCGAGAACUUUCGCCACGUCUUCCUCGCCAGGUACCUGGACAGGUGUCUUCAUAAAGGCAACAUCCACAACGAGGAAAGCGAUGUGUCGCCGAUACUCCUGCACCGACGCACCCAUGCCGAGGAGCCGUCUCUGGCAACGGACAUCUAACGAUGACGUCAUUUAGUCUCCCGUAGAGGGUUCGAUUCUCUCGGUCUUACAGCAGCCACAACUCUCCACCGAGGGCUUAAGUAGUGAUUUACCUUUGACCCGGAGAGUCAUCAGACAUCCAAUAGUUUCACCAAACUGCUUCGUAGUGCAUCUUUCGCUUUUUCUUAUCAUGUGUGCGAAGGCGUUUUCAGACGGGAAACAAGUCAACUCGACACAAUACAGAAAAAUAUGAACCGACAACUUGCAUGG